CUGGUUUGAUUCAUCCAUUUUGAAGAGACGGGGGAACGGGGGGCUCGUCGGAUCCAGGGGCCCUGAACCAGGGAGCGGCGGAGUCCGAGGAGCCUGCAGCUCGGGGUUCGGCGGCAGCGGCCUCGUCGGCCGAAGUUGGGGGGGGGUGGGGCGCCGAGCGCGCGGGGGUGGGGGGGGGUCCUGGUCUCUGGCUUCUCGACUCGGUCCUGUUUCGACGGCGAACAUGUCUCGGCCUGUCAGAAAUAGGAAGGUCGUUGAUUAUUCACAGUUUCAGGAAUCGGAUGAUGCUGAUGAAGAUUAUGGAAGAGAUUCAGGCCCUCCAGCUAAGAAAAUUCGAUCAUCUCCCCGAGAAGCUAAAAAUAAGAGACGGUCUGGAAAGAAUUCACAGGAAGACAGCGAGGAUUCUGAAGAAAAAGAUGUGAAGACCAAGAAAGAUGAUUCUCACUCAGCAGAGGACAGUGAAGAUGAAAAAGAAGAUCAUAAAAAUGUGCGCCAGCAACGACAGGCAGCCUCUAAAGCAGCGUCAAAACAGAGAGAGAUGCUCAUGGAAGACGUGGGCAGUGAAGAAGAACAAGAAGAGGAGGAUGAGGCGCCAUUCCAGGAGAAUUCCGGCAGCGAUGAAGAUUUCCUCAUGGAAGACGAUGAUGAUAGUGACUAUGGCAGUUCAAAAAAGAAAAACAAAAAGAUGGUUAAAAAAUCCAAACCUGAGAGAAAAGAAAAGAAAAUGCCCAAACCCAGACUAAAGGCAACAGUGACGCCAAGUCCAGUGAAAGGCAAAGGGAAGGUGGGUCGCCCCACAGCUUCCAAGGCAUCAAAGGAAAAGACUCCUUCUCCCAAAGAAGAAGAUGAGGAACCCGAGAGCCCCCCCGAAAAGAAAGCAUCUGCAAGCCCACCACCUGAGAAAUCUGGGGAUGAAGGGUCUGAAGAUGAAGCCCAGUCUGGGGAGGAUUAAAAUGUUGAUGGUUUGGGGAGAGAUUUUAUUAAAAAAAAAAAAGAAAAAAAAAAGAAAAAAGGGGGGAGGGAGAAAACCUACUUAAGCUAGAACAUGGCUUUGGCGGUGGCUUGACUCACGGGCUUUCAGUGCUUUUUUUCCUUUUGUUGAAAGUAACAUUUUCUCUCUUUUUUAAGAAAACCAUUGUAUGUUUAAUUUUCCUUUUUAUCUACUAGUCUUCUCUUUGCCACGCCCCCUCCCCUCCCUUUCCCAAUGAAAGCCAUGUCAAAUGAAUCACUGGAUCGAUUGCUUCAUCUUUGUAUCUUUAAUGGAAGGGGUACCACAGUUGUACUGCAAGAGAUUGAGGUGAACACUACGGAAAUUUUGCUUUUCACUAAAUGGUAGUAAGUUGGAACAGUAAUCAAAAUAUAUAGAAGAGUUUUAGUUCCAAAUGAUUGCUUCUUCCUUGCCCUGGACUGAAACAAACAAAAAAGCAGUUCUCUAAUAACAGGUUUAUAUAUCAGUAUACACAAAAAUGGAUGUCAAAGUUAUGACUUUAACUUCACUGAUGGGGCAGGGAGGAGAUAAAGAUGAAUUCUGGAUUGUUAUCUCAAGAGUGUUCAUAACUUCCAUAGGAGGCAAAGCAGAGAAUGGAGUUUCCUCAUCUUGUUUUAGCACAUGAGUUUUUAAAAAAGUUUCAUCCCUUGCUAUUUCAAAGAGACUCAGAGCCAGUGAUCCUUUUAUCCUGCUACAGUCCUGAAGGAACUUUUUUUUUUAAGACCCGCCAAAACAAAUUACUCUUGAUUUUUCAUUUGGUUUUCUGAUGAAUGGUUCAUGUUUUAAAAUAUCUAUGUAUUGUAUCUAUUCUGUUUCUUGGAUAAAAUUUUAUCAAGAACCUCCCUCCACCCCCCAGAUUUUAGAAUUUAAAUGGCAAGAUUGAUACAUCACAGUGAAUUUCUUCUCAAACUGACAAUGUUUAGUUUUAAGAAAAUAAAGUACUAGUUAAUGUGAAACUCAAUCACAAAGACUUGGGAUUUUUCCUUUAUGAAAACAGAAUUGAAAUUCUUUUAUGCUUGUAGAGUGCAUUUAGAUCCCAUGAACCAGGCUCUAUUUUUAUUUGAGAAUAGAGUCUUCUCCUUUUUAUUACCUCUCUUUCCGUUUGCAUUUCUUGGCUCCCUGCUACCCCAUCGGACACUACUGCAGCACCCCGCCGCAGCACCCCUCUUGUGCUGUAGGACGUGAUUCCUCCUGGCUCUGUUCUUCUAUCUGCCCGCAGUGAGCAUAUACUGUUCCCUUUACUCAGUGUAUGUUUUUCUUUUCCCUGAUGUUCCUGAAACUGCUCGUGUUGUUUUAAGUCAGGGGUUUUAGCAGUAGGACUAAAGCAGCCAGAAGGCUUGUGAACAAUUAAUGAAAGAAUUUUACAUGCCAUCUGAAAGUAGUCAGGAGAUGUAUCUGAAGGGUUUAUUCUCCUCUAUAUCCUGAUACCAGAAAUUAAUAGGAGCAACUUUUAAUAGGAGCCUUACUGUUACUGAAAUUUAACUUCCUCUUCUCUUUAAAUUUGCUUCCUCAGCAGUAGAUUUUUUCAGACAAUAUGGCUUUAUUGCAGUCGUUUAAAUGUUAUUUAAGAAAUAUUUUUACUAAUUUCUAAGACACUUUAAGAAAUAACCUUGUUUGGUAAUUGAAAGAAAAAAAAAACUGCCCAGUGACUGUCAUUUCACACAGUCUUCCUGUGUGUGCACAAGAGUGAAUUGGGAGACUUAGUACUUAGCCAAAAGUGCAGAACUUGAACAAAUGGCAAUUGGAUCUUUCGUGAUCACUGAAUUUCUAAUGACCUUUGCAAUGAGAGUAUUGAAGAGUAUUCUAUUUGCUUUAGUGGGCUUGUUCAGGUAGCCAAUUUUCACAUGGUUUGUGCUCUUAGAGUAAAAGGCCUAUCAGUAUUUUUACCGUGGACUUCUACUUUUUAGGAAUUUAUAACUUUUUGAGUCUUACAUUCCUAGUAACAUUUGGGCUUUUCUUAGACUCUGCUUCAUGAAGGUUGAGGGAAAGGGGCUUUUAAAAUUUUACGCCUUGAUAUUACUGUAUGUAUGUCACACAGUCUAAUGAUUUGUACAAAUCUCUGAUUUAUGCACAUACUUUAGAUCAUGCCUUCUAGGUUAUUUGUGUGCAUUUGGUGGGCUUUUCAUUUGGGAUCUUUUUUUAAAAAUUUUACUAAUGGGUUGAAAAAUGUAUUACAUACUCGUAGUAGACUGGACAAAAAAAAAAAUCUAUGUCCCCAAGGGAAGCUCUGAAGAACCUUUGUUUUCUCCACCUUUAACUGAUGAUUUGAAACACUUCAGUCUUCCCCUCAAGUUGAGCAUGCUAACAGGAGGACAGCUGUGUGGUCACAACUGGACACAGGUGCUCAAUAGCCUUGCUCUUGGAUCAGGAUGGGUUACAAGCCAUAAGCUGCAUGGAUUGGCACUGGCACCGUCUCUGACUUGACUAAGCUCCCUCUUUGCCUCAGCUGUGCCCACGCACCAAUGGCUGUUAUAUUCACUGUGUUAGUUCGCGUGCUCAGGAGGAGGGACAUUACCCUUGAAGGUGCUUGUUUCUGUUAUCUAAAUUCUCUGUGACCUGAACUGCAGCAGCUAUGCUGACACUACAUUCAAGUUCGGAAGAUACCUUUUUCCUAGAUUUCAUCACCCUAACAUCUAGAAAUGGGGAGAUCACAUUGAUUAAAUCUGUCUGUAACGUGCUGCUGCUUUAAGCCCUCCUCAUCUCAGAUUGAGAUCAAUGGUGUGGACCC